GAAGAAGAGCAGCUAAUAAAAAUACGAAUACAUCAACAACAACAGUCGGAAAUCCAUUGUUCGCCACAAAAUGAGGCUUCAUUUGCAAGUCCUGGUGGCUCUGAUAACCUGCUCGGCCAUUCCCGGCACACUGGCCUACAAGCCGGUGGUCAUCCUACACGGAAUUCUCUCCGGAGCGGAAUCGAUGGCUUCUCUGGUCCGGGAAAUCGAAGAGUUCCAUCCUGGCACCAUCGUCUACAACUGCGACAAGUUCAGUGGAUGGUACAGCUUGGAGAACGCCUGGCGGCAGGUCGAUCAGGUCAGGGAUUACCUCAACGAGGUGGGCAAACUGCAUCCGGAGGGCAUCAUAGUGCUGGGAUACUCGCAAGGAGGCCUUUUGGCCCGGGCGGCCAUCCAAAGUCUGCCCGAGCACAAUGUGAAGACCUUUAUAUCGCUUUCCUCACCACAGGCGGGACAGUACGGCACCAGCUUCCUGCAUCUGAUAUUUCCCGAUUUGGCGGCCAAGACGGCCUUCGAGUUGUUCUACUCGCGCGUGGGACAACACACCUCGGUUGGUGGCUACUGGAACGAUCCGCAGAGGCAGGAUCUCUACAUGAAGUACAGCGAAUUCCUGCCAUUGAUCAAUAACGAGAAGAAGUCCUCCAACUCCACAUCCUUCAAGAUGGGAAUGGUGCGGCUGGACAAGUUGGUGAUGAUCGGCGGACCCAACGACGAUGUGAUUACUCCGUGGGAAUCGAGCCACUUUAGUUACUUCGAUGAGAAUAUGGAUGUGAUUCCUUUCAUCAAGCGAUCGAUUUUCACCAGCGACUCCAUUGGCAUCAGGACGCUUCAGGAGGCUGGCAAGCUCAUCAUUGUGGUCAAACCCCAUGUCCACCAUCUAGCCUGGCACACGCGAAGGGAUGUCAUCCACGAAGUGAUAAUGCCCUAUCUGGACUGAACAAAAAACCAAAGCUACUGAACUAAACUAAGCGAUCAAACGGCUGUGAUCGGAUAGACGGACAAGGGCUCACUCUCAUCAAUAAGCAUUAAUGUGAAGUUGCUACAAAAAUGAUCUUUUAUUGGUAAUUACUUAGCUCUAUAUUUUCAAAACCGCCUGCGUAUUGCAGGAGAGAUUUUUACAAACUUAUAAACUACUUAUUAAUAAGUAAAUAAAUUGACAGUGAUAUGACAGGAAAUUUUUUUUUUCCCUGUUUAUCGCUGAAACGUUAUACAAA